GAAGAGUUCCCGGGAAGCCCUUUAAACGGAAAGGAAAGGAAGCGGGGCUGGUAUCAGAGAGGUGUGCCAGGUCCCAGGCAGCCCUGCUGGCCCCUAAGGACAUAGAGUACCUGCUUCUGAGAGGGCUGCCACAGUGGCCACCUGUGAAGCCUGUCACCCAGAACUGGAUGGUACCUGGCUUUCUUCAUAGACCCAUAUUCUGCUGGGACUGAAGCUGACCUCCAACAGAAGCCAGGUGAGCCCUUGGGAGAGGAUGGCCCAUGUGGGGGACUGCACGCAGACGCCCUGGCUCCCCAUCCUGGUGGUGUCUCUGAUGUGCUCGGCCCAAGCGGAAUACUCAAACUGCGGCGAGAACGAGUACUACAACCAGACUACGGGGCUGUGCCAGGAGUGCCCCCCGUGCGGGCCGGGAGAGGAGCCCUACCUGUCCUGUGGCUACGGCACCAAAGACGAGGACUACGGCUGCGUCCCCUGCCCGGCGGAGAAAUUUUCCAAAGGAGGCUACCAGAUAUGCAGGCGCCACAAAGACUGUGAGGGCUUCUUCCGGGCCACCGUGCUGACACCGGGGGACAUGGAGAACGACGCUGAGUGUGGCCCUUGCCUCCCUGGCUACUACAUGCUGGAGAACAGACCGAGGAACAUCUAUGGCAUGGUCUGCUACUCCUGCCUCCUGGCGCCCCCCAACACCAAGGAAUGUGUGGGAGCCACUUCAGGAGCUUCUGCCAACUUCCCUGGCACCUCGGGCAGCAGCACCCUGUCUCCCUUCCAGCACGCCCACAAAGAACUCUCAGGCCAAGGACACCUGGCCACUGCCCUGAUCAUUGCAAUGUCCACUAUCUUCAUCAUGGCCAUCGCCAUCGUCCUCAUCAUCAUGUUCUACAUCCUGAAGACAAAGCCCUCUGCCCCAGCCUGUUGCACCAGCCACCCGGGGAAGAGCGUGGAGGCCCAAGUGAGCAAGGACGAGGAGAAGAAAGAGGCCCCAGACAACGUGGUGAUGUUCUCUGAGAAGGAUGAAUUUGAGAAGCUGACAGCAACUCCAGCAAAGCCCACCAAGAGUGAGAACGAUGCCUCGUCCGAGAAUGAGCAGCUGCUGAGCCGGAGCGUGGACAGUGACGAGGAGCCCGCCCCUGACAAGCAGGGCUCCCCGGAGCUGUGCCUGCUGUCACUGGUUCACCUGGCCAGGGAGAAGUCUGCCACCAGCAACAAGUCAGCCGGGAUUCAAAGCCGGAGGAAAAAGAUCCUGGAUGUGUAUGCCAACGUGUGUGGAGUCGUGGAAGGUCUUAGCCCCACAGAGCUGCCAUUUGAUUGCCUUGAGAAGACUAGCCGAAUGCUCAGCUCCACGUACAACUCUGAGAAAGCUGUUGUGAAAACGUGGCGCCACCUCGCUGAGAGCUUCGGCCUGAAGAGGGAUGAGAUUGGGGGCAUGACAGACGGCAUGCAGCUCUUUGACCGCAUCAGCACGGCAGGCUACAGCAUCCCUGAGCUGCUCACAAAACUGGUGCAGAUUGAGCGGCUGGAUGCUGUGGAGUCCUUGUGUGCAGACAUACUGGAGUGGGCAGGGGUUGUGCCACCUGCCUCCCAGCCACAUGCUGCAUCCUGAAAAGCAUGCCUGUGGGCUUUCCUCCCAGGACAAGCCAAGGAUCCAACGAGGGCUCUGAAGCUGUGAGUGGUGCCAAAAGACUGCCAAGAAUCAAGGCUUUUGUGAUAUGUCACUGUAUGCCUUAGGAUGUUCAAGGAGCCAGACGAAAUAAGGCCUGUCUUCCAAUUUAACCAAAGAUAAAGGACUAGAGCCGGGAUACUUUCAGAUGCUCACCUAUACCUCACCAGGCAGAGUAAAUAUCUACUCACUCAUACAGCCAGCCCACCAGCCCACCAUUAACUCAUUGAACAGUGAGAUAAUGUUGAGGACUCAAGUGAACCAAACCCCGUGGGAAUGACAGAAGUGAAGAAUCUGGUCCCUGUCUUUAAGGAGUUUGCACUCCAGUAGAAGACAGAAGUAUGUUUACAAACCACUUCACUGGAAGACAUCAAACAAGCUGAAUGAAGGGGCGCUUAGAAAACGUUAAUAGAAGUUCUAAGCGGGAGAUGACUCCCUACUGGGAUGAUGAAGGAUGGCAUCCUAGUGAAGAAGCAGCUCAAACAUUUUGAUAAAAUGGCGACAAAAUGCAGACACCCUGCUCCAGGUAUUAUUUCAGGUUUAGUACAAGUCUGUUAAUACCCUAUGUGGUUUCAUUAGGAUAACUUUACUUAUCCUUGAGGUCAUCCAUAUUCUUACAGGCCUUCCA